AUGCUGCGGGGCGGUCGGAGCCCGCUGCCGCCCCCGGCGGGCACCCACGGCGGGGCCCGGGGUCCGGCGGUCGCUCCCGGGGCGGCGCAGGUGGCGGCGGGCAGCCUGCUAGCGCUGCUUAUCCUCUGGACCCUCUUCGGGAACGUGUUGGUGUGCGCGGCCAUCGUCCGCUACCGGCACCUGAGAAGCAAGGUCACCAACAUCUUCAUCGUGUCCCUGGCUGUCUCGGAUCUGCUGGUGGCUCUGCUGGUCAUGCCCUGGAAGGCGGUGGCUGAGGUGGCCGGGUACUGGCCCUUUGGGGCUUUCUGCAACGUCUGGGUGGCCUUUGAUAUCAUGUGCUCCACAGCUUCCAUCCUGAACCUCUGUGUGAUCAGUGUGGACAGGUACUGGGCUAUUUCCAGCCCGUUUCGCUAUGAGAGGAAGAUGACCCAACGGUUGGCUCUGGUGAUGAUCAGUGUGGCAUGGGCUUUGUCUGUGCUCAUCUCCUUCAUCCCUGUCCAGCUCAACUGGCACAAAAGUGGGCAUGUUGUUGCUACUGGAGAUAUUGGAGAUGGAUUUGGCACUGGCUGGGCAGCAGCAGGUGCUGUCACCACCUGGGCAGAAGAUAUGAGCACCACAUGGGUGGCAUUAGCAGCAAUAAGACCCUCUGAUGGGACAUCUGACAGCAAUGACACCCUCACUGGACCAUCAGAGAGCUGUGACUCCAGCCUCAAUAGGACUUAUGCUAUUUCCUCCUCCUUGAUCAGUUUUUAUAUCCCGGUGGCUAUCAUGAUAGUUACCUACACUCGAAUCUACCGCAUUGCCCAGGUGCAGAUCCGUCGUAUCUCUUCUCUGGAGAGGGCAGCCGAGCACGCGCAGAGCUGCAGGAGCAGCCACGUUGACUGCCACCAUCACACAAGCCUCAAGUCCUCCAUCAGGAAAGAAACCAAGGUGUUGAAGACGCUCUCUGUCAUCAUGGGUGUCUUUGUCUGCUGCUGGUUGCCAUUCUUCAUCUUGAACUGCAUGGUUCCCUUUUGUGAGAGCCCACCCAGUGACCCCCAUGCUGGCCUUCCCUGCGUCAGUGAGACCAUCUUUAAUGUCUUUGUCUGGUUUGGUUGGGCCAACUCUUCUCUCAACCCCAUCAUCUAUGCCUUCAAUGCUGACUUCCGAAAGGUCUUCUCCAACCUCCUGGGAUGUGGUCAGUUUUGCUCUAGUACUCCAGUGGAGACUGUUAAUAUAAGCAAUGAGCUUAUCUCUUACAACCAGGACACUCUUUUCCAUAAGGAGAUAGUGACUGCUUAUGUUAACAUGAUCCCAAAUGUGGUUGACUGUAAGGAAAAUCGUGAGGACCCUUUCGAUAGGAUGUCCCAAAUCUCUCCUGAACAGGAGAUUGCCACUGACUCUGUCUGUGAGCUGGACUAUGAAGGGGAGAUUUCCCUUGGCAAAAUAACACCUUUCACUCCAAAUGGUUUACACUAA